UCUUUUUUGCAGUGGAGAUACCGUAGAAGCGAAGCGAGAGCGAUGGCUUUCUUUCAAAAAAUUGGCCUUAUUGGAUGGUUUUCUGGACCAAAACAAAAUGUUUGUCGGAGUCUAUUAUUAGCCAAGAAUUCACCACAGGCUUAUGUCUUCACUUGCCGACAUUACCGAGAAAGGAAACGAUUUUACAAGAAUGUGUCAAUCACUCAAUCAGGAAGCAAUGCAUUUGAGAUAAAUCUUGAUCAGAGGAAGUUAAGAACACCCAGUGGUCAGCCAGUGGUCAUCCCUACUGAAUCAUUAGCUGUUGCUGUGGCAACGGAGUGGGAUACCCAGAAUGAGGUCAUCAAACAGCAUAGUAUGCAUUUGACUGCUCUGUGUAAUACAGUACUUGAUAAUCCGUCACAUAGAUCUAAGGCUCAGAUCAUCAAGGGUAUGCUUCAUUUUCUGGAAACAGACACACUGUGUUACAGAUUAGAAGACCCCCCUGAGCUUGUGGCUAUGCAAGAUGAAAGAUGGGAACCUAUGCUUGAGUGGAUCAACAAAAGAUAUGAGGUAGACAUUCAUUCCACCAUGUCAAUCAGUGGGCCAGUCAUACCCCAGGAAACCUACAAGACUCUACAACAUCAUCUAGAAACACACACUAACUGGGCACUAGUAGGAUAUGAGAAUGCAAUUCAGAGCUUGAAAUCUGUGGUCCUUACAUUUGCUGCCAUUGACAGAGAGAUCUCAGUAGAAGAAGCAGUUUCAUUAUCAAGACUAGAGACUGAAUUUCAGAUUAGUAAAUGGGGAAGUGUUGAAUGGUCACAUGAUACCGAGUUAGCCGAUUGUAAAUCAAGAGUAGCAGCGGCAGUUCUCUUCACUCACCUCGUAACAGAACACACAGAGACUGUUGCAAAAUUAAGAACUCCAUGAUGAUCUACCGACAGUGUUCCAGAUUUAUCAUCAUGGUUUGAAUUAAUCCAAGCGCACAAAGGUCAUGGCCUUAGAUGCCCCAUUGAUUAACCUCGAUGCCCCUGUCAUUGGCCUUCACUAUCUUUGUGCCCUUUGUCAUUUUCCGCAUCAUGCUGAGAUAUAGCUCUAUAGGAAAGCAGGGAAUAAUUUUCUGGUAUCUCAUCGUAAUUUGCUCCAUAUUUUUUACAGACAGCUACCUAAGAACAGGAGAAGUCUUUCAAUAUCACUGGUAAGGCAAGCUUGAAUGUUACAUCAGGGCAUGCUGUUUCAGCCCAGUGCACACUAUGCAAUCCGAUGCGACAUUUAAUAAAUCACCUUUUGCAUUAAAUGUGAAGGUUCCAGAAGUUAGAAUUAUUUCAUUUAAAGUUCAGGAUUAUGUUAGAAAAUUUGUGGCAAGCCCUGUGGUCUGAGUAAAGUCCAAAUCGGCUUCAAAUCGCAGCGGAUGAUGUCAUUAUGGUUUGAAAUUGAAUUUUCUUUUAUUCCUACAGGGAGGUUCAAACUAGACUGAAUUUUGACGUCAGUAGUCAUACCACUAUUAUGAACUCUGUCGCUAAGAUUUUGUCGACUGGAAUGCUCAUCUAACAUGUUAUUACAAUUUCUUUAAAAUUUGAUGCAUGCUACCAUGGUUAGAUACGCAAUUUUAUUCACGAGUCCACUGUUUG